CAAACCGUCCCUUUCCACUCAUGUGUAGAGAGUUAAUUGGGCUGUGAAGGAAGCAACAAAGAUAAAUCUCGCCCUUCCUCCAUCCCUCUCUCUCUCUCUCUCGUCGCGUUUCCGUCUUCGGGCUAUUCUCCGGCGGCCGAUCCCGUCGCUUCCUAUUAAAACCGUAGAUCGAAACGAAGAAGUGGAGAUUUGAUUCCUCCUAGGGUGCAUUUCGUUUUACUACUCUGCUAAAAAGGAAAAAAUGUCGAAUUACCAAGGGGAAGCUCCGGCUGAGUACAUUGAAGACGUAGAUGAUGAGAUGGAAGAUGUGGGAGAUGAUAUGGAUGAGGAGUUUCGUGCUGAUGAUGAUGAUCUUGCUGCUUCUGAUUCUGAUGUCGAGGAAUUUGACUACUCUAAUAAUAAAAUAGCUGAUACGUCGGCAGAACAAGCUCGGAAAGGGAAGGAUAUACAGGGGAUUCCUUGGGACAGGCUUAGUAUUUCUAGAGAGAAAUACAGACAGACUAGACUAGAGCAGUAUAAGAAUUAUGAAAAUGUCCCUAAUUCCGGGGAAUCAUCCGAGAAAGUUUGCAAUGUCACACAGAAAGGGGGACAUUUCUAUGAGUUUUGGCGGAACUCAAGAUCUAUUAAAUCUACUAUACUUCAUUUCCAGUUGAGGAAUCUGGUGUGGGCAACUUCCAAGCACGACGUGUAUCUUAUGUCAAAUUUCCUGCUGACACAUUAUUCUUCCCUAACGUCCGGAAAGAAGGAAGUUCUCAAUGUUCGCGGUCAUGUUGCACCAUCUGAGAAACAUCCUGGAAGUUUGCUGGAAGGAUUUACACAGACUCAAGUGAGUACACUUGCAGUAAAAGACGACUUUCUGGUUGCGGGUGGAUUUCAAGGAGAACUUAUUUGCAAGCAUCUUGAUAGACCUGGCGUCAGCUUUUGCUCUCGUACGACUUAUGAUGAUAAUGCUAUUACCAAUGCUAUUGAGAUCUACAACAAACCCAGUGGCGCCCUUCAUUUUACUGCCUCGAAUAAUGACUGCGGAGUUAGAGAUUUUGACAUGGAGAGAUACCAGCUUGUUAAGCAUUUUCGUUUUCCUUGGCCAGUGAAUCAUGCAUCCUUGAGUCCCAAUGGUAAAUUACUGGCUAUUGUCGGGGACAAUCCGGAGGGCCUUAUAGUAGACCCCAACACGGGAAAGACGCUGGAAACACUUUCAGGACAUGUGGACUAUUCCUUUGCCUCGGCGUGGCAUCCUGACGGAAUCACUUUCUCAACUGGAAACCAGGACAAGACCUGCCGUGUAUGGGAUAUCCGUAACCUAUCCCAGUCCGUUGCUGUCUUAAAGGGUAACCUUGGAGCAAUCCGGUCACUCCGCUACACAUCCGAUGGGAAAUACAUGGCCAUGGCCGAACCAGCUGACUUUGUCCAUGUCUAUGACGUCUCAAAAGGGUAUGAAACAGAGCAGGAAAUCGACUUCUUUGGGGAGAUCUCUGGAAUAUCGUUCAGCCCUGACACAGAAGCGCUCUUUAUUGGUGUAUGGGACCGCACUUACGGUAGCCUCCUUGAGUAUCAUCGGCGCAGAAACUAUUCCUAUCUUGAUUCGUUUCUUUAAGCAAGGAGAGAAGUAUACACAACCCGUUCAAGGAAUAAAAGAGAGCUCAUACAGCAACCGGUGAACACGACAGAAGCAAACCAUAGAUAUAAUGGAUCUCUUAGUGUAAAUGAUGUGUUGUGCAACUAGUAGUUAGUUUCUUUUGUGUUCCGUUGCCGGGUGUGUUGUUUCCUUAUGUCUGAUCUUCUAAAGCUUCAAUUCAGUUGUCUACAGAAAGAGCUGGUUAUGUGGUGUACUUGAUGCCGGUGCUGCAGCUAGACCAUGAUGCUAAGUCUGUUUGUGAUCCGGCGAUCAUUAUUGCUCUUCGUUUGGUGGCUUGUGAGUCUUUUCUUUUUUGAUUCUUGUAUUUGUGGUUGUUGUAGGAACUCGAGUGUUUUAAGGUCCUUUUGAGUUGGUUCUGAGUUUAGAAUGUCGGUGACUAAACUAUGAUACCUCUUGUUCGUUAUAAUUUGAUCAUAACCUUAAUAAUAGUACGAGUUGUCGCUAACUCAUUUAUAG